GUGAGCAGCACUCAGAAUUCUCCACGUGCGUCCAGUUACCUUCCUGAGUUGCCAGGUGCUGAGUUCCCCUGGCCACCGCCAGUCCCAAGCCAAGCCAGAAGUUUCUGGGCUUCUCUGCAUGGCACAGCCUGGCUGGCCGACCCCUGACGCCCCUGUGACAUUGUCCCCGGUGCCCUGACUGCUCCCCAGGCUCCUGUUUCUUUUUCUCCCAACACUUUUCUAGCUACAGUUCGGGCUAGACUGACCUAUGCCUACCCCCAAGCCCUGCUUCUGAAACCCUCCGUAGUCAGUUCUGAUUGCCCUGUCUCCAUUCUGGACCCCGCAGAGCCCAGGGUCAUGGGCUGCAAUGAAGUUCCGGCCCUGAGAAUUCCUGUGUGUAAGUCCUUUUUCAGAAAUGGGCCGCAAGGACAGACAGGCACCAAGACGGAGGGGAGGGGCAGGGCUGCAGGUGGCCCCCACCCUCUGCCCCCAAGCCAGGGGCAUCUCCCCAGUCUGCUCCUGAGUCUCCCCAGAAUCUUUGCUGCUGUGAGAAUUCCGGCCUUCCUGGCCUCAUGACACCACCAAAUGAAACAAGAAGUUCCAGAACUCGGGGUCCUGGGCCUGGGUUAGAGACGGCUGAGGGCACAGGGCCAGGGCCAAGGGCUCAGGCUGCAUAUAGUUCAGAUUCAGAGCCUGCGGCUGUGGCUGGUGGGGGUGCCCAACGUGUGUCUCAACAUGGGCCUGGAGCUCUAUCUGGACCUGCUGUCAGCAUCCUGCCGUGCUGUCUAUAUCUUCGCCAGGAAGAACAGCAUCCCCUUUGACUUCCAGUUUGUGGAUCUGUUAAAGGGUCACCACCACAGCAAGGAAUACAGAGAGAUCAACCCCCUGAAGAAGCUACCCAGCCUCAAAGAUGGAAAAUUUAUCUUAUCUGAAAGGUGAGUCUUCCUUGGGGCCCCCCACCCCACCAUCUGUCUCUGUUCCUCCCGGGAGAUCCACGUGGAGCCGACUGCUAGUGCUUAUUUUUUAUUUACUGUGAUCAGUUUUAUAUGUACACCAAGGUAGAAUGAAUACUAACUAAUGAGGAGUAUAGCGACCUUCACAUGGUACCCCUCACUCCAUUCCAACAGUGAUCCGCUUGGGGAGCCCAUGUUUUCAUCACCUGUAUCCCACUUCUAUUCCCCUGCUUGCCAGCCACCCUAUCAUUUCACCCAUAAAUGUUUAGGAAUAUACUUUUAAG